UUUCAGUCAUUUGUCAUUUCUUGUACAGCAGAAGAACAUUUUUAUCAGACAAAAAUGCUUCUUAGAGCUAGUUUAACAAAUUACGAUAAAAAUAGUACAUGGACUGCGGAGCCAAUUAAUCCACCUUGUGGUCCUACUGGUGAACAUAUAGCUCAGUUUGCCAAAUCAAUUGUGUUCAGUUCGAUAAAGGGGCAAUACGACAAGAAAAUCUUCAAAGAUUUCGACUCAUCUUUUAUCUGGGAUAGACAACCAACGAGAACAGCCUCUGUGCAAUCAACCUGCUUUUCACCAAGAAAAUUUGGGACUUUGUGGGAAAAUGUGCCAUCGACUUUUGCAGAGCUGCCGUCAAAUGACGAAAGUAUUAUUCCUGUCCAAGAUUUCUUUGUGAUUGAGCUGAAUGAUUGCGUUAUUCCCAGACAAAUUACCAUUGACCAAGUGAUUAAUCCCGGGGCUGUGAUUAAUAUAUGGCUGUACAAUAUCACAACAUUUCGUUGGCAUUUGGUUUGGAGCAAACCACCAACCUGCGAUACGAAAAAAUCUCGCAUUUUGUGUAUCAGUUUGAGAGAUAAAAUAUCCUUUGGAACAAAAUUCCUCAGGGUUGAUAUGAAUCAAUCUAAAUUGAAAAAUCACACUCAAAUUGGCCUAAUUGAGGUUUUUGGAGAGAAAUAUGCCCUUGGAUGUAGUCUCAAGUCAAUCAACAAAAGACUCGAACUCAAAAAGCAUCACAUUUUGGCGCUACUGAACACGGAAUAUGAAAAGCACAAUAUGAAAGCCAUCCUAACUGAAGAAACUGACGGAUUAGAAGCUGCACUAAAACUUGCGAAUACAGACAGAUACUUAUUUGAAGAUCUUGGACCAAAAGAGAGCACCACGGAUUCAAUAAACUUGCUCGACUUGCCAUACGAACUUCAAUUAAAGAUUUUCUCAUAUUUGGAUCUAAAAACACUAUUUGACUUGUCCAGCGUCAGUAAGAUAGUUUACAAUUUGGUAACUGAUCCAAUUAUCUAUCGAGAAGUCAACCUAAAGAUUUACUGGAGCAUACUUAAUGAUGAAUUUUUGCUGAAGAUUAGCAAAAGAGCCACAAAGAUACGGAAAUUGGAUAUUUCUUGGUGUGGAUGGCACAACUCUAUCACUCCGUCCGUUUUUAUGUUUUUCAUAAGGAAAUGUUGCCAGAAGGUAACCCAUCUCCGAAUCAAUUCAUGUGCAUUCUUUACUCUAGAUUGCUUUCACGUGGUGGCAAAUGUUUGCAGUGAACUAAGAGAAUUUUCCCUCCACGGAUAUGGAAAAAUCUUUAGUCAAGAGAAGAACAUUCUAUUUUCAGCUGUGAAUCACUUGCAGAAGAUCGAUUUCUAUCGCACACAAAUCCAUGACAAUGUUCUAGAGAGGAUUUUUAUAGGAAGUGGAAAUGCCCUUAGGCAUCUUGGACUCUCUGGUGGCUUUAAUUACGAUUUGGAUCGUAUUUCCCGUCAAAUUUCAAAAUAUAACCGUGAAAUUGUCUCUCUGGACUUCUUUCAAUCACGCUAUCUCUCCCACAUUGGAUUACUUGCCCUCUCACAUUGCCACAAACUCCAGGAAAUUGACUUCAGCUGGUCCGUUAACUACAUGAAUCACGACAAAUGUCUGACAAAGGCAUAUUUCCGGGAAGUAUGGGAUGCAUUUUUCAGCAACAACAGACAAUUAAGGAAAGUUUUUCUUGCUGGAACACCAAAAUUCGAUGAGUACAAUGUGGAGAGUAUGAUGAGAUAUUGUCCCAACAUGGAACAGAUUGACCUUAAGCAUAUCCGUGGAUUUGCAUCAGAACUUUUCCCUAAGCUACGGGCUUAUUUCGUUAAUUUGCAGUAUUUCUCAAUCAGUAUUCGUGAUCCAACACUCACCGUUCCUGCCAACGAAGAACCCAAUGAUAACAUUUCACGACACAAUAAACUCCCGAGUAAUUACAUUACCGUCGCUAGGCAUUUUAAACCAAAGACGUCCUAAAUAAAGUACAAAAAAGUGCAUUUAAAGUAAGGUAACAACCACUUUUAGAGGUUCGAUGAUUAGGAAAAGUUACAAGGAAUUUAUAAUAUAAGAUUCAUGUGUGUUCAAAUUGACAAAUUAAUAGGUUAAAAUAGGGUAAUUUAGAUUUGUUUUUAAUUUGGAAUUUAAGGGUUUCUUCACUGUAUUAGAUGGACAUAAGAAAAAGACUACGAAGAAGUACUUUCAAGUGUAAUGCCCCAAUUAGACUCAGGCUGAUCUUCGAGAAUAUUUAGCCUGUAAAAUUUGGCGGUAAAAGAAUUACCCAAAUUAUACUAGGUCCUCAACUAAUUUGUGAAUUUUACUGCUCGGACUCAAAGAGAGAUCAGUUAUAUAAUCGUCUUAUAGUUUUUAAACGGUAAGAAAUAUCGGGUUCCAGUUUUCGACGAUCCCGAAUAAAACAAGUAAAAACAAUAUCUCUAUACUAUUUUCCCCCGCCCUAUUCUCUCCAAAACUAUGUUUUUUUUUUUGGUUUUUCUUAAAAUUGGCCCGAGCUUUUUCAAUGAUUUUCGAAAAUGUUUUAGAUGUAGUCCAGGCGAACAUUUCGUCCAAACAUACCUAUGACCGGAAAAUUCGCCAUUUUGAAUUAUUGAAGAUCAAAGGUGAACCACUUUGGAAGGCCCAUUUUUCAACCAAUUUGGUUAAAUUUGAUUUUUUUGGAAAUAUAUUGAAAUUUCGAACCCGGCUGCAUCGGUAAUUAACCGGUUAAGUACCGAUUUUUGAAUAAUUUUACAUCCUCAAUAAUUAAUAUUCCCAAUAUUCCCUAAAAAUAAUGUUUUUUCGGUUUUUAUCAAAAUUGACCCAAGCUUUUUCAAUGAUUUUCGUAUAUGUUCUAGAGGUAGUCUAGGCGAACAUUUCGUCGAAACAUCUAUGACCGGAAAAUUUGCCAUUUUGAAUUAUUGAAGAUCAAAGGUCAACCACUUUGGAAGGCCCAUUUUUCAACUAAUUUGGUUAAAUUUGGAUUUUUUGGAAAGGUAUUGAAAUUCUGAAUCCGAAUGUAUCGGUCUUCAUCGGUAAUGAACCGGUUUAGUACCGAUUUCUGAAUAAUUUUACAUCCCCUAUUCACUACCAAAACUACCAAGUCAGAUUUGACAGUUCCGCCACCAGGGGGGAUAUUGUCGGCUCCUUGAGGAGUACCGCGCCCGGAUCGCAAUGAGCGAUUUCAUCCAGAAUAAGGUCACGGAUUUCAACGUAUCGUCGCAUCCUUCCGCCUUUGACCUAAUAUAAUAAAGUCUAUUAGUGAGUAUACUAAGAGCUAUACAAAAUUCCCUAAUAAUUUUCUAAUUUUCGAAAAUAAUGCCUUAAAGUCAAAACACAAAAAAAAGUGUUUUAAACACCUCGACUCUCCUAUACUUAUGUUUUUUUUUUUAAUUUUAAGAUGCGAAGUAAUUACUGAAUUAUGAAUUUUCAAAUAUAUUCACAAAUGUGUUGUAACUAAAAACAAACAAAAAAUUACAAAAAGGAAAAACUCAUUCAGACUAAUAAGAAAAAAGUUCCAUUUAAUUUGAUUCACAGCCUAAUUGUUGAUUAAUUAAGGAUAAACUAUUAAAUAACUUUAAUAACUACAUACAGGAUAUGUAAAAAUAAUAGCCAUAUGAGCCAACUAUACUGUUAUGAACAGCUUAAAAUAAUUGUUGUAUUUAAGAAAUAGUUUAU